AUGUUUUGUCAAGUUUCGAUAUCGACCAUCGAAGUCGUUCCACCGCGAUUCGCGGAUGCAUAUGGAGCGCCGGUUCCCGAGGACGAACACGCUGUCGAACACGAGGAUUCCAUGGCAUCAGCGUCAGAGGUAGGCGAAGAAUACGACGAUUCCGACAUGUAUAUGGAGCCGGAUGAAGCCGGAACUUUGCAAUCUGAUCGCGUCGAAAAUAGCACGCGAAAUAAUAGCCAGGAUAAAGCAUCCAAUGAUACUACCGAUAAGAGCGAGAAGAGAUCAUUCGAAGCUGAAAAAAUCGACGCUUCCAAGGAUCAAGAGGCGAAAAACACACGACAUAUCGCCGUCGAACAAUUUACCGAUGUGGGAGAUAGAAGCUUGGAGACGCAGAGUCAAAAUUUCUUCCCGUCUUUCGCAGAACUCUUCACGAACCACCGACUUCCGUUGACGGAGCAGCAGCAACGAUAUCGUCCUAACAGAUUUUUGGGCUACUUCCAACGCGAACGUAAUUAUCCAGCCGCUACGAGCAAAGAUCAGCAUUCCCUACUAGGUUCGGGUAACUUUGGCGUGAUUCGCGGUGGUACAUAUUAUCCGGAGGAUAAGGAGAACGACGAGUACUCAGUAGACGAAAGCCUCUAUAAUCCGUACUAUCAUAAUCGUGGUCGCGCGCAGUAUUACAGGAAUCCUAAACCCCAGCCAAUCCGUGGCGGAGACUUCUUCGCAAAUUUCCGCGAUUUCGCCGAUAUUACGGCGCCGCCAAAAUCCAGUUUUUCACACCUUUCCGUAGUGUACGCCAACAAGAAUGGCACCUCCACUGGACGUAUCACGGAACCCAGAAACAUCAUCGAGACUCUGAGAAUGUUGGAGGAAGAAGAGCAAUCUGAUACAGAGGAAAUGACCACCACGGAAACACCGAUAAAGAAACAGAGUAAAGGCAAGUGGAAGCUUAUGAAAAUCAAACAAUACGAAGAGGACAAGGCUAGGAGAUCCCGCAUGUCCGUCGAGCCACUACUUGCUCUUAGCUGAGAGAUCACGAACAUCGCUAAAGUGUACGUUA